CUCCUGGCCCCUAGUCCCUGCUUUCCAUGCGGGGUGGGUGGCCAGCCCUCUGGCCCCGCGGGAGCCUGUCCUGAAGUGACUGUCUCCUGUCACAGGUCGGUACGACUUCGGCAACAACUGUAGAUUCUCCCACAUGUCAGAGCGAGACCUGCAGGAGCUGAGUAUCCAGGUGGAGGAGGAGAGACGGGCCCGGGAGUGGCCCCUGGAGGUGCUGGAGCUGCCGGAGGUUCACCUGGAGGACUGGCUGGAGAAGAGGGCCGAGCGGCUGAGCGCAGCCCCGAGCUGCAGGAUCAAGCCCACCAGAGCUGCCAUCUUCCAGUACGCUGUGGGCUGGCCGCCCAUCCAGGAGCUGCCCCCCUCCCUGCGGGCACCCCCGCCCGGGGGAUGGUCCCUGCAGCCCAGCGUCCAGUGGGGCUGAGCCCCUGAGCACCACCCUGCUCACACACAGUCCAAGGAAGCGCUCAGACUGAGGCCAGGGCCUCUGGGUCAUCACCCUGGUGUGGACCGAGUCCACAUGGGACACUCUGCCCUGUCCCCUCCCUCUGGGACAUGCGGGACAGAGGAGUGAGGGCAUGUCCUCUUCAUGUUUAUAAAGUUUGUCUUGU